GUCCAAUCAAAUCUUUCUCUAUUACUACAAUUCAAAGGACUUGCACUUGGGCUUGCAUACUUGAAAUAUGUCUUCUGAGGCUUUCAACCCCAAUCCCACUAUCUUCGUACCUACAAAGUCCAAAACUGCUGCAGCGUUUUUAAGGAGUAACUCACUCUGGUUGGACGACGGGGAGCGUCAUGGGGAUGCGGAAGACUAUGAGGAGGACUCAGACGAGGUUGAGGAGAUUGACCAAGAUGAAAUCUUUGAACUUAUUAGGUCAAUAUCCGAUCCGGAGCAUCGUAGCAUGACGCUCGAGCAGCUUGCCGUAGUUUCAGCACCACAAAUAUCCUUCGACUCAGCGGACGCACAGAGGCAGAGUCGAAGGGUCACAGUAGAAUUCACGCCAACCGUGCCCCAUUGCGGUAUGAGCACAUUUAUCGGUCUGAGCAUUCGCGUUCGUCUUCUGCGAAGUCUGCCAAAUCGAUUUAAAGUCGACAUCCGUGUCAAGCCCGGAUCUCAUCAGAGCGAGCAUGCCUUGAAUAAACAGUUGAAUGAUAAGGAACGUGUUGCUGCUGCUUUGGAGAACCCAGCGCUUCUUGAAGUCCUGGAACAAUGUCUCGCCGGGGCGACACCAUGAAACCUCCGCAGAAAGAUAUUCUUCAUAUAAUCCAUUGUAUCAAUAGACAUAUGUGCACUACAUCAUGUAUCAAUAUACAGAUAUCCAUAACGGUCUACGCUCGUCGCACAAUCAC